AUGCAUUUGCCCCAAGGAGCGCUGAGCUUUCUCUUUAUCACUUGCGUGAUGUUCACGCUGGCUGGCGGCCAUCCAUCAAGCGACAAGCUGAAGAUCCGCAUACACGUGCCGGUGAAGCACCACACACAUAUCCACACGAAGACGGUCAUUAAGAAGGUCCCGUUGCCCAUUCCAGUACCGGUCAAGGAGCACCACGAGCCGCCCAAGAAGCACCACAGUCGCAGCCACCACCACCACCACGAGCACCAGGAGGACGAAAUGGACGACGACUUCGAGGGCUACGAGUAUCCCGUGAAGGCCAAGCGACGCACGCGGCAUCCCUUUGUCUGAGUGUCUGCAGGGGCAGGAACCACCCACAAGAGGCCCCAGCCGCCGCCCCCCGCCCCCCACACUCCACGCAGCGGGGGAAAUGGAAUCAAAUGAAAUACAAUUUACGCAGAUUAAGGCAAAUACGAGU